UUUUCAUUUGGCGGCAUACAGACAACAUGGCAGCGCGUGAAAUCACACUGAUCUUUUCUUUACUGGCGAUCUUUUCAAAAGGUCAUACAUCUGGGAUACAAACACAGCACACUGUGCUGGCAGCAGUGGGAGAUAAGGCCUGCUUGAACUGUGAGCUCAUGCUUUCUAAAGACGUCCUUCAAGUCACAUGGCAGAUGAUCUCAGGAAGUUCAGAAAAAAAUAUGGCCACCUACAACAAGUACUUUGGCCCGAGAGUGAAUUCUGAGUUUACAAAGAAAGUGGAGUUUAAAAAUCCUGAACUACAGAACUGCACCAUAGUCAUCAGGAAUGUGACGCAGCAGGAUGAAGGCUGCUAUCGCUGUCUGUUUAACACUUAUCCUGAAGGAGCCUUCACAGGUAGAACCUGCCUCCAAGUCUACGGUAAGGACACGUGGUCUAGAGUUAUAGAGGAAAACUAUCCACGGCUAAAACUAAAUCUCUACCUCAUCUACACCCACAGUGCUUGUGGUGUUUACUGUUAA